CAGAGUUUUAGGUACUACUAUUCGUAGUACUGCUGAUAAAUUUGGAAUUCAGCUGAAACAAAUAAGAGAAUGGCAUAGUAAAAAGCAAGAGCUCAUGCUUGCACAACCUCAUAUUAAGUGUUUAAAUAGUGGUCCACGGUCUGCUUAUCCUGAACUUGAAUUAGAACUUGCAACAUGGGUCAAAAAUUUAUGCAAUAAUUUAAAGCCUGUUAGUCAUUCUAUAAUACAAACAAAAGCAGCUAGUUUAGCUAGUUUACCACAAUAUACAAAUCAGUUUCCUCAUAUUAGUUCAUUUAGGUGGAGUAAUAAAUGGUUAGAUGGUUUUAUGCAUUGUUAUAAAUUUAGUAAUCGUCACAAAACUAUAGUUGCACAACACUUACCUACAGAUUUAGAGGCUAAGCAACAAGAAUUUUUAAGUCUUAUUCAAUAUUGUUGUAUUCAACAUGACUAUCCAUUAUUAUUAAUUGGAAAUAUGGAUGAAACACCACUUACUUUUGAUAUGCCAAAUAAUGUUACAGUUGAUACUAUAGGAAAUAAGACAGUUGGUAUUAGAACCUGUAGGCAUGAAAAAUCUAAUUUUACUAUAGUUCUUGGUUGUAUGGUGGAUGGAGCUAAAUUACCACUAAUAGUUAUUUUCAAAUUGAAAAAUAUUCCACGGCAUAAAUUUCUACUAGGCAUAAUUAUUCGUGCUAAUGAAAAAGAGUAG